AUGAAUACAGAUGAUAAUAUAGAUAAGAUAGAUAAUCAAUGCGUGAUAUGUGAAACAUUAUCAGUUCCACAUUAUUAUACUGUGAGAAAAUACAGACAGGAUUUAAUUGAUUGUAAAGUUGAUGGACAACCUCCAGCUAAAUAUAUGUCACCAUUGAAAUGGAAUUACAAUCUGGCUGCACAAGCACAAAAAUUGGCGAACAAAUGCAUCUUGCAACACGACAAACGUCAUUCGGAUGAAUUCUCUUGGGUUGGACAAAAUAUUGCUCUCCAUCCAACCAUUAAGUCAGGAGUAGAUGCUUGGUUCAAUGAGCACAAACUAUACGACUACAAAGAAAACAAGUGUAUGGCAUGUUUGCAUUACACACAAAUGGCUUGGGCCAAGACCACAGACAUUGGAUGUGGAGUUGCGAGUUGUCCAAGAUACGGUCUAUCAAUCGUGUGUAAUUAUGGUCCAGGUGGUAAUUGGAAUAAUGAGAAACCAUAUGAAGUGAAAUCACGUGGAUUGUGCCCGAAAAUGCAGAAUAUUCCUAAAGAUAGUUUUCAAAAGGCGCGUGAUGAUACACUGCGUGCACCAUUAUCAAUAGUGAAUGUCAACCACAAGUUGUCAUCGAUCGGUUCAAGUGAAGGUUUAGUUAACGAUCAACCCUCCACAGGUUCGCAAAGAACGUUGGAUGAGAAAAGCCUUGAAAUACUCGAACUGCAUAGGAAAUACAGACAGGAUUUAGUUGAUUGUAAAGUUGAUGGACAACCUCCAGCUAAAUAUAUGUCACCAUUGAAAUGGAAUUACAAUCUGGCUGCACAAGCACAAAAAUUGGCGAACAAAUGCAUCUUGCAACACGACAAACGUCAUUCGGAUGAAUUCUCUUGGGUUGGACAAAAUAUUGCUCUCCAUCCAACCAUUAAGUCAGGAGUAGAUGCUUGGUUCAAUGAGCACAAACUAUACGACUACAAAGAAAACAAGUGUAUGGCAUGUUUGCAUUACACACAAAUGGCUUGGGCCAAGACCACAGACAUUGGAUGUGGAGUUGCGAGUUGUCCAAGAUACGGUCUAUCAAUCGUGUGUAAUUAUGGUCCAGGUGGUAAUUGGAAUAAUGAGAAACCAUAUGAAGUGAAAUCACGUGGAUUGUGCCCGAAAAUGCAGAAUAUUUCUAGAGGCAGUUUUCUAUUUUUUAGUACACCUUAAUCCUUUAUUAUUAGAAUCUCAACUUUCCGUUUAUUUACGAUGCUUGAUUGAAUCGCUAAUUGCUGCUCGAACUCAUUGCUACUCUGAGCAAUAAUUUUUCUCUCUACAAUUCAACUGUUAGCCAUUCGAACUGAUUUUCCUUUAUUAUCAUCAUCUGAGUUGAAUUUAUUCAGAAAUUGUCGUUAUAUACUUUCUUCCAUUUACCUUAAUUUCUUAUUUCAUAUGGUGAGAAGUGAGUUUUGAAAAUAAGUUUUAUUGUUUAUUCUUAAGUUUGUUGAACUAACUGUGCCAUCUUCACCUGAAUGCUUUAUCUCCUGCUUAUGAAUAAUCCAUUUAUAUAAUAAAAAUCAUCUGAUGUCU